AUGAGUGCCCAAAAUCGGCAAGUGAAAAGCGCCCGGUCGUCGGUGCCGGCCAAGGUGCUGCUGGGUGCGUCGGUGGUGCUGGUGUUGUGUUGUGGUGGAUCUUCCGGUGCAAGUGCCGCGGGUGGCUCGGUCGAGCGGUGGGAGCAUCUGGUGGACUUCGAUCCCAACUUUAGGCUGCUGUGGAGCGUCGAGGGCCAGGAGGUGACGUUCGAGAUGCAGGCCCGAACGCUCGGAUACGUCGGUGUUGGGUUCUCCAAGGAUGGAACGCUGGCCGGCGCGGAUCUGGUCGUUGGCUGGAUGGACGAUCAGGGGCACGCACAUCUGCAGGAUCGUCACAUUCGGGCGGACAGCGACGGAGAGCCGCUGGUCGAUCCCUCGCAGGAUUAUCGGAUGCAGUUUGGGUUCGUGAACCAAACGCACACCGUGUUUCGCUUCAAGCGUAAUCUCGAUACCUGUGAUAUGAAGGACGACUUCCCGAUAACGAAUGAUACCAUGCGUGUAAUUUUCAUGUACUCGGACGAGCGACCGCAGCGUGAUUCGGAAACGCUGCCCCAGCCGCUCGUCGCCUUCAAAGGAUCGCGUUCGAUCUUCCUGACGCAGCGCUCCAGUCAGGACGAUUUGGGGAACGAGCCGAGCAUCAACGUGCUGGAGCUGCGCAACGAGGACGUCGAGCUGCCCGAGGCGGACGAGAGUCUGUACUGGUGCAAAAUUUUCAAGCUGGAUGACUUCGUCCAAAAGCAUCACUUGGUGCGGUACGAACCUGUCUUUGAUUCGCCAACGAGCGUCCUCUACCUGAAUCACAUCAUCCUGUACGAGUGCCAGGGGCUGUCCAAGAACCUCGAGCAGCUUUCCCGCCAGCGCGGCCAGCCCUGCUUCCGACUGCAGCCGAUGCACUGCAACACCGUCGUCGCUAAUUGGGCCCGUGGAUCCGAUGGAUUCACCUUCCCUUCCGAGGCCGGUUAUCCCCUCGAGUCCCAUCAGGCGACGUACUAUAUGCUGGAGACGCACUACAACUACCCGGACUAUACGUACGACUUCUCGCCCUUCUACCGGAAGAACCUCAGCAAGCAGCAGCGCAAUAUGAACAUUGCGUCCCGCGAUGAAACCGUCGAACCGUCGGUGGACGACAGCGACGAUCUCGGUGAGGACGACGACGGAACAAUGAUGGAGCAGCAAAUGGUGGACAACUCGGGCCUAAAGAUGUACUACACGCACAAGCUGCGGCAGUACGAUGCGGGAGUGUUGUCGGUGGGUCUGGACCCCAACUGGCGCCACAUCAUUCCGCCGCGGCAGGAGAAGGUCGUCUCGGAGGGUCACUGCAUCGGGGCCUGUACGCAACGGGCAUUCCCGCGCGAGGGCAUCAACAUUUUCGCCGUCAUGAGUCGAACGCAUCUGAUCGGACGUCAGGUGAAACUGCGACAGGUUCGUGGCAAUGCCGAGCUUCAGCCGAUAAUGCACGACACCAACAUCGACCCGAGCUACCAGGACUACCGGCGACUGGCGGCCCCGGCCAAGGUCCUCCCGGGUGACAGUCUCGUCGCGGAAUGUAUCUAUGACAGCUCGUCCCGCAAAUCCAUCACUCUCGGUGGCAUGACGACCCGGGAGGAAAUAUGUCUCAUCCUGACACUCUACUACCCUCGUCAGCGCGAACUGACGUCGUGCCACUCGCUGCCAAGCCUGCCGACCGUCCUGCACUCGCUCGGCAUCGAGGAGCUAGCUUCCGGCACCAACCCGGUCGUCAUAGCCUCGCCGGCGGAACUGGCCGGCAUGACGCUCGAGCGGCGGCUCACAUCGUACGACUGGGAAAACCAGUUCGAAAGCUUCCAGGACGUCACGCGGCAGGGUUCCUUCAAGCCGCUAUGCUGGACCCCGACAAACACGAUGAUGCCGGGCAGCGAAGCGGAAGCGUACGGUAGCAACAUAACGCAGUCGUGGAAGCCGGUCGACACGUGCCGUGCCGUUCACACCAACCUCGUCACGGAGAUGAUCGACAUGCCGGCGAUGGACGAUCACGAGUCGACCAACAUGAUCGAUGUGGAUCUGAAGGCGAAGAUGUCGCGCAGCGGCCAGCAGACACCGCCCACCACCAACCACCGCCAGGUGGGACGCAGUGCCGGCACGGCGCUGUUCGAAUCGUUCCUGCUGCUCUCCCUGGCGACCUUCGUUGGGCUGAGCGUGCAAUAAACACCAGCAAGCCACCACAAACUGCAUUAGCAAACGAAAAACAGGUCCCGAAUCGAAACAUAACACACACACACACACUAGUGCAAACAUAUUAAAAAAGCAAUAAAUACCCUAAAUCAAAUACACUCUUCCCCGCGAACAUAGUUGCGCCAUAGCGAGCCGGAAGCUCAUUACAUUCCGCGAGAAAAGGGGAAACAAUAUCUGCCACAUCGCUCCAGGAUAAAAAAACAACCAACCAACCAAACUGUAAAUAUCAUCAUCAUUUGUUGUGAGGACGGGGGUGCUUCAGAUAAGCGAAUCAUAAAAGGAAGAAAGAAAAGAGUGAUACCAUACUGGAACAGAACAAAAAACUAUCCACACUGGGAGAAACAAUUUGUAUAAAAGACGGCAAAAAGAAACCAGAAUCGAAAAAUCAACUAUACUAUAAAAUGAACGUGUAUAUAGCUUCAUUUACUGUAAAACUAACUAACUGAAUAAGGAUGGGGUUUCGAACGCGAGCGAAGGACGCGAAUCCUAUCGUCACGCCUGCAUCACCACAGCAAUACUAACCAGUUGAUUAAUGUUUAGUUUGAGAGUUUUCAUUUGUUUUCCGACCCAACCCCGCCGCCGCGGGUUUCGUUCUUACACUCGUGCUAGCUGAAACACAAACUGUUUAACCGAAUAAUGUGUAUGUAGAACGUGGCAUCCGUCGCCCGACGGAGGCACGGGUGGAGGCUAACUAAAACGGUGGAAGGAUGGGAAAGGUGUACGCUGUAAAACUAAACCAAAGCGAUUACGAAUAA